UGUGGACACAAACUUGGUGCCUGUUCGAUUAUCUAUACAUGCUUCUGUCCUACUCUACAUAAAGAUCUGCUUCUUUGCGUGUAUUAGAAUCAGUUUCACCAUCUGGACUUCCGAAUUAUGGAGUUACACGUCGCCAACCAUCUCCAAGAACGUAUUGACUAUUGGCAGAGACGAUAAGGACGAAAGUGCGCCAGACUUUCGCUCAUUGACGUAUGACGUUAGUAGAAGGAGAAGAUCAGAUACAGGCAAUGUUCCCUGCACUGUACACCAGCUACCCAAGCGAUUUCCAAACUCUCCAGCGUUUGAAGUUGAAGUGAGUGCUUAUGACGACGAAAGUGACGUAUCUUUUAUCUUGGACGUGGGCACAUAUCGUGGUGGACGGAACUUACAGAAGCAGUUUACCAUGGGCGGUCCGCAACUGUUGUCGACCGAUUUGUUGAAGUCAGGUGUUCCUCUCUACUUUACAGUGACGGCGUCGAAUAGUCAAGGAAAGUCUUCAUCAGCGACAUGUUCUAUACCAACUUACGAUACGACACCCCCGGGAGGUCGCGUUGAACAGUCGCACGACAUAAGCAGUCAUCCGUGGACGUUAUCUGCUCUUCUCGUCGUCCACGACGAUUCCAAGCUAGAGAACGCAGGUUGGGUAAGCGUCGGACUCGGAAUAGGACAAUCAAACGUUAUCGGUCGCUACCCGUUCUCAUUUAAAGCCGUCGGAGUCAACCACGAGGCGAGCGACUCUCUAGGACACUUUGCUCAACCCCGACUGGGGCGUCUAAUUACCCCUUCGGUCGCCACGACUACCGUUAUUAGCCCAUUGAAGUGUGCUGACUUCUGUCUUUCAUACGGGGUACAGUGCGUUUCAUUCGACUACAACUACCACUCGGACGAAUGCGUGAUUCUGCAGGCGGUCGAAGGACCUCUGGUUGAGAAAAGAGUCAGCGGUUCUUUUCACAAUUUUGAACGCAUUGGCGUCGGAUAUACCGCCUGGUAUGAGCACACAAAUAUGACUCUAACACACGGAGAAAUCUAUUAUUUCAAUGCCGAGGUGACAAAUGUUUUGGGUUAUUCUCAACUGAUGUCUUCCAAAGGAACGCUAUUAGAUUUCACGCCGCCAUUACCCGGUGAAUUGGGUAAUGUAAAGUAUGACGUCAUCGAGGCAGCACAGUGUAAAGCAUCGUUUGUACAGCGAUGCGUUGAGGUUACUCCUUGGGCUAAUCACAGAAUCAUCAUAGACGGCGACGGUGCUCGGACAGUCUUCAACGGUCACGAACCGUUUUCAGAUCUGAAGUACACAAGAUACAAUAACUUUAUUGGCUGUAACUUUCGAGGAUUUCACGACGACGAGUCUGGGAUUUACAAAUACACGUGGGCGGUCGGAAAGCGACCACUUCUGGUCGACGUUUUCGAUUACGAGGAUCCUCACGCACAUUUACACGACGAACGCCACUGGAGCCAUUCUGGAACUAAGUUGAUUAGUCUAGCGGAUGGUCACUACUUUAUAACAGUGCAGGCGGUCAAUAACGUUGUGUUUGGAGGGUCGUUGGUGACCGAGGUCGGACACAGCACGCCGUACAUUGUAGAUACGGUUCCACCCGAGGUUCGCUCCGUGCACGGAUUGAAAUACGACGAGGAUACUCGCUUGCUGCAAUUGGAGUACAACACGAGUGAUGCCAUGUCUGGUGUUCGUGAGAUAGACUUCGCUCUGGGCAGGACGGUUCACGACACGGAUCUGCACAGUUGGGAUAGGCACGGUAAUCUGACAAUGCUGAUGGUUGUUAUCAAAGUACCAGACGGUGUUCCCGCUUGGGUCCGCAUUCGCGCCAUCGACAACGUCUAUUUGAUGGCUGUUGGUCAUUCGCAUCAUCCUCUCGUCAUCGAUCGUACGCCACCGGUGAGUGGCUACGUGUAUGACGGUCGUCAUUACGGUCGUGAUGCAACCUAUUCUGCCGUCAAUAACACGAUUUGUGUCAACUGGGAUAAUUUCCAUGACGAGGAGAGCGGAUUGGCCGAGUUUGCUGACGUGGGAGUGGGCAGUGCUCCGGGACUUACCAACGUGGUGGCAUUUCGAAAGGUCCCGUACAAGGAAAAAGAAGUAUGCUUUCGAGCAACACUGGUGCACUCUUACUCGUAUUACUCGACCAUUGUAGUUUACAAUCAAGGCCACAAGCAGUUAAGUGUCAACGACACAUCGGACGGAGUUUUAGUUGAUAUGACCAAUCCUGUUAGAGGAUGGGUAAAGGACGGUUUAGAUCCGGCAGAAGAUAUUGUCUACUCAUAUAUCGACAGUGCUGCGUAUUGCAACUGGAACGGCUUUCACGAUCCCGAAUCUGACAUCGAUCGAUACGAAAUUCAGUCUUUUGUCUCGGGUACUCCGUACCCAGUGCGGUCUGUUGGUCUGGACACACAAUCAGUGGACACCUCGGUUAGCUUAAAGCACGGAGAUACCGUUCGUAGUGUCCUGACUGCCGUUAACGGUGCUGAACGUCGCACAACCGUUUCCACAAACGGUUAUGUCAUAGAUAAAUCUCCGCCUCUUUUGAUAAGCAUUGGAUUUGAAGGAUCUCGCAAGGGAAUUCCAUUUUUUCAAGCAGAUCUCAGUAUGAUCACCAUUGCGUGGGCUUACGAGGACCCAGAGUCCGGUAUCAAGUCGUACCAAGUCGCAAUCUAUGAACUACAUCACGGUAGUAAUCAAGCCAUUUAUCCAAGUCAAGGAGAUUGGGCGGAUGUUUCGAAACAGGGCAGUGAUGGUACAGUCAACCGACUCGUUGUCUCUAAUUUGGUUCUAACGAGUGGAGCCGAGUAUGUGGUAAAGGUGAAAGCUACAAAUAACGCAAAACUUGCAGUGAGCCACACAAGUGAACCGAUGACGGUCGACAGCACUCCUCCGGUCGUCGCAUGGAUUGUGGUUGGAAAUCUUGACGGAUCAGAUGAGAAGAUGGAUGCUCUAGACCGAGUUGUGCACUCUGAUAAGCACGGAAUAAAAGCAUCAUGGCAUGGUAGUGAUCCCGAGAGUGGUAUAGCUUCUUACUGGAUCGCCGUGGGCACAUCCGUUGGAGCAUCAGAUGCCAGUGGUGGUUGGCGUGAUGUUGGAUUUCGAACGAGUGCUUACAUAGAUCGUCUAUCACUCUCUCUAACUGAUGAAACCAGUCAGCAACCUUUGUACUUUGUGACCGUCAAGGCACGCAACACAGCCGGUUUGGGGUCGAAGAGUUUGACUUCGAAAGCAAUAGUCGUAGUGGAGGCUGACGUUGCGGGGGUUGUGUUGGAUGGUCCUGAUACGACCGAUGCCGUGUUUCAACGGCAGUCCGAUACUGUUACUGCUCAGUUUACGCCAUUUUCUAGCAAACGUUGUGGUGGUAUUUCCAAAUACGAAUGGGCUAUAGGGACUUCACCUCUGGAUGAUGAUCUACAGCCUUUCUCGAGAGUUGGUAUUGUAGUUGGGAGCGACGAUAGUGGCUUUGGUCAAGUGCCGUUUCAACUAGAGAAUGGAAAAACAAUAUAUUCAACCGUCAAGGCCACGACUAAAUGCGGAAAUAGUCUCAUGACUUCUUCAAGUGGUGUCACUCCGGACACUUCACCUCCGCAGAUUCAAUUUACUCAACUGGCGACUGUGGAUGCAAGCAACGUCAGCUCCGGCUCGUCGGUGUAUGUUUACUCUGCAGCUUCUGUUGAUGCUAUUUGGAACGGUGUUGAUGCGGAGAGUGGGGUAGUUUUGUAUACUUGGUCUUCUUCUUCGACUCCGACAGAUUUCCGAAGCGGAAAAGUCAAUUAUACUACUGGUCUUCAAACUACUAAUGGGGAUUUGAUUCGUCAGCCUAACGGUGUGCCACACUUUCUGUGGGUUGAAGCAGAGAAUCGUGUCACAUACAGACAAUCGAUUACCAGUUUAGGUGUCGUUGUAGAUAGCAGUCCACCUUCGGUGGGACCGUUACAUUGUCCCAACGCUAUAUCCAAUUUGGUUUCUGAUCUACAGUGUUGCUGGCACGGCAUGAAUGAUUUAGAGAGUGGCAUCGUGUCCUUUCGUAUGACAUUGUCUUUUGAUAAAGGCCGUGUGCUGGCUGUUUCUUCUUUAUUGCCAGCAGAUGCUUCGUGUUGCUCGUUGUCUUUGGAGAAAGUCUCCAUCACUAAUGGAUCACAUCUGGUGACUCUGGAAGCUGUAAAUGGCAUUCAACGUAGCUCGUUUGUAUAUGCGACGGUAAUUGUAGAUGUUUCAGCACCGACUGUUGGGAAUAUACGACAUCUUUCGGAUGAGUACCGUUACGUAAGUGGCAGAGGCAACACAAUUCAAGGUACAGUGCAGUGCCAAAGCUCUGAAACAGAGAUACACGUCACAUGGGAUGAGUUUAUUGACACGGAAACAUCUGUUACUAGAUACGAUGUUGCGGUCGGAGACUACCCGGGUUCGACUUCUAUGAGACAGUUUGAAUCUGUGGGACUCUCUACGAAGGUUCGUAUUGAUCACCUGCAGUUACGUCACGGAUCAACUGCGUAUGUUGCCGUCCGAGGAUUCAACAGUGCUGGCUUAUCGUCCGUUGCAGUUUCAGAUGGAGUCGUAAUCAAUUCGAAAUCUUUUAUGUCGGUUUGGGAUGGUUUGGAAGAAGACAUUGACUUUCAGCCGUCGACAUCCGUUAUUGCUGCUUCUUGGUCACACAAUGUAGCAUGUGCCGUCAUGAGUCUAUCUUGGGCAAUAUAUCGAGUUGAUGAUCUGCUGGUACAGCCGUUUACUGAUAUACCUGUUGAUUCACUCAUGGAUAUAGCAGAAGAGCUUAGUCUCCGGAAUGAAGAGCGUUACUACGUUGUCGUUCGACUUGUGACCGCGUUGGGUGAGACUGUCGUGGAACGAUCGGAUGGUGUGACUGUCGAUAUCGAGUCUCCGGUUCCGGGUCAAGUGUUCGAUGGGGCAGAUGAUGGAGUGGACGCCAACUAUCAGGCAUCCGUCACUGCACUGAGUGCGACCUGGUUGCCUUUUGGACUUCCAGGAUCAUCGUCACCCAGUCAGCAGAUAGUGCGAUAUGAGGUGGCAUUGGGAUCUGAUGAUCGGUAUUCGCUUACUAGGAUCAACGUUGUUCCUUUCACGGUCGUUGGUCUCAACAGAUCGGUCACUUUUCGUGAUCUCAACUUGAUUCCUCUUAGCCAACAAUACUUCUUUACUGUACGAGCAUUCAGCAAGACUGGAGCAAUGUCGGCGGUUACAUCUAAUGGUAUAUAUGUUGGAUAUGGAAAUCCAGUAUUUGCAGGCUCAAUACACGUGGAUAUGUUUAGUAACUCAUCUUCUUCACUGACUGCUCGUUGGGAUGGAUUCUCUUCGGAUCUACCGAUUCUCUUUUAUGAGUGGGCGAUUUCUAGUAAUCCUGUGAACGUGUCCAAGUGUCCACUGAGCGUGAAGACGUAUUGGCGAGAUAAUGAAGUAGACAGUCUCUUUGAUGUAAAGCGUUUUGUCAAUGUUGGACUCGACACGGUGGCCACUGUCAGCAACUUGAAUUUGUAUCACAAUCAGAGUUACUAUGUUACAGUACGAGCAACCAACGAAGCCCUCCGUUGCAUCUCGUCCACCUCUCUUCCUAUUCUGAUCGAUUUGACGCCUCCCACUCUUGGCAUUGUGAUGGCAGGAUUCGAAACAGAUCUCGGUGCGUCGUAUAUUCAGUCGACGAGUGAAAUUGCGGUCACGUGGAAAGACUUUAGCGACAGCGAGAGUGGAAUCACUCUCUACGAGGUGUCACUAUGGAGCAAAGAGAGCUGUUCCGAGUCUGAUGAUACACGAAAAUUGAAGCAAUUAGUUGGCUAUCUAUCUGUUGGCAAUGCUACGUCGUACGUAUACAAGCAGUUAUCACUAGACAGUUUGACGCCAUACUAUGUAUUAGUGAUGGCAACGAAUGGAGCUGGUUCGAAGCGAAUUUCGUCUUCCAAACCUGUAUUGGUAGAUAUCAGUCCACCUUCUAUUGGACAAGUCAAAGACGGAAGUGAUUGGAUGAAUGACAAAGUGUUUCAGUCGUCAUUAGACACUCUGGAAGCUACAUUUACUGUGGCUUACACUGAAGACCAACUUUUGUGUCCAAGCCGAGAAUACGAUAUGUCCAACAACUUGGUCUUUCAAGACUGGAUGGUUUACAUUGGCAGCUCGAUUGGCAACAUUCCAACUUACGAUACCAUAUCGUUCACGUCAGAUCAAUUGAGUGUAGAGCAGGGUGGGUUGAAAAUUGGAUGGGUGAGAGAAAGAGGAAAAGUGCAUCUGCGCUCUGGUGCUGUUUACACCACUUCUGGUAUGGUGGCCGAUGGCUCGUUUUUGGUCGAAAUGAAGACAGCUAGAGGUAAGGCGACUUUAACAAGCGUCGUCCUUUGGGAUGGUCCACAGAACACCAUUGGAGACUUAGAAGCACCUGAGAGGGUCCAAGACACCGCUGACGUAACAACUGAAAACCUUAAUUUAUCAGAUAGUUCUGCUUCAGGCUCUGGUUCUGGUUCUGGUUCAAAUUUGUCUUCUAAUAUCGGCAGGAAACCUAUCGUUAUACUACCGGAUGGAAGGGACACUAAUAGAAACAACAGUGAUUUUGCAGACACAAAAAGUGGUGAGACUGAAUAUGAUGCUGCUGCUCCGAGUAUUGGAUUCCAGGUGAUGGGAGAAAGUGAGGCUUCCGAAAUCGGGUUAGGGCAGAAUGACUUCUAUCUGCUGUUUUGGUGCCGAUUCCCGAACGAUGAAGAAGCGGCUAAAUUGCAGUGGGUUGAGUUAGGAUUUGAUCCUACCAGCGAAUACCACACUUAUGCAAUAGGCACGAGAAAAGAGCAAAUAGAAGGCUCCGUAGAAUGGGCUGCAGAGCUUUACGUUGACAACGAGCUCAGAUCUGUGCUGACGGGAAUUCCUCAGUUGAGUGACAACACAACGUUUUCUAUUGCUGUUCGUACGUCCCGAGGGUUUGUCGCUCCUCUAGGUGAUCCGUUUCAGCCACCGUCUUCUUUUGCUCUUAUUCGUCGUGCGAGUCUGCCAGCUGUAGGAUCGCAUCCUUGUUACUACGGGGAACCGUUUCGAGACUUUGACAGCCCCAUUUUGUUUAUUGAGUCGUGCAUCAGCUCAGAACCGUCCGGCACUUGUGACGUCAUUCCGUUUCGUCGAAAGGGGUCGGUGUGUGUUGCUUGUAGAGAACCAUGUGAUCGAUACAGCUGCUUUGCUGAUUGCGAUUUUAGUCAUGUGGCAGUCCGCUUUUAUCAAAUUGUUAAUUUGACUUUGUCGGCUGGAAUUAUCACUCAAAAGUCAAAUGACGUUCAAACGUCAGACUAUACAUUCCGUCCUUCAGUAUAUUACUUUGUGUUGAGAGUAAUUAAUGCUGCUGGUGUGGCUUCCGUUUCUGUGUCGGAUGGAGUAGUGAUCGACACGACAGCUGCCAUAUGCUCUGCUGUCUAUCAAGUUGAUCCAUCGUGGUCAUUGACCGAACCAGCACAAUAUCAAGGAACUAACACGUCGAUUGCAGCUUUCUGGGAGUGCAGUGACAAUAUUAGUGGUAUCGUCGAGUAUUCGUGGUCUAUAGCCACUAAUCUUACAUCCGAUGAUCAGCCAUUUACUUCGGUUGGAAUGGCAACAAGUGCAUUGAGAGAGAACCUUGUUUUACAUCAAAAGUCAACUUAUUAUGUGUCGGUUAGAACUCACAACGGUGCUCAACUGUUUAGCACGUGGCACGGUGAAGGUAUAACAGUUGACGUCGAGCCACCGGAUGUUUCUAAUACGAGCGUGUGGACCACGUUUUCGGAGGGAUGGCUGAAUGUGUCGGACAUACUUUGCACUGAUAAAGGUGACAGACUGGGAAUUGCAUGGACCAGCAUAGAUGAUGAUGAUGUGGAGCUAAUAGAGUGGCGUGUCGGGUAUGAGGAGGAAGGAGACGAUCUGUUACCUUCUGUGACCGUUGGCGUUGGGGGAAACGCGUCUCACGCAGAAGUGUUAAACGGGAAGAUCCUUAUUGGCCAGGAGACAACUUUAAAUCUGUCAGAUGUUCGAGCUGUGCAGAAGAAAGCUUUUCAGAGAGAGAAUCGCGAUAGAAACUUUCUCAACGUCGAGCCUGGUCGUUUUAUGUAUCACUCGUGGACAGCUCGCAGCCGCUCUCACAAGGAGUCUCCCCUUCCAGGACCGAAAGUAGCAUUAAAACGGUCUCAUGACAAGGUUGCUGUUGGGCCAACUUCACCAAUGGAUUCAAUUCGACUUUCACCGCCAGACGAAGCGGUGGAUCAAAGCCGUGUGGUGAUUGAGGGUCUAGAGGUAGGUGAUGGUGGCGUCGUGAUUAUGGGUGUUCUAAAUCGGUCGGAUCUACAAAAGGAGUUUGGAUCGUCAGCAGUUAUUGAAUAUCAGUCAUAUAUACAGAAUCCUGAACAGACCAGACAUGAGACGUCCCGCAGACUUACAUCUAGGUUCCACGAGUCUUUGGGCAUAAGCGUCUUCGUGUCACCUCUAAAACCGGGUGAUAUUAGUGGUCCGUUUGAGUUGAAACUACCAUUUAAUGCAAGUGAUAGCUGGAAAGAUGAAACACCCGAAAUUCUCUUCUGGGAUCCAAGCAGUCGUAUAUGGAGAAUUAACAGUCGUUUUUCGUGUCCAAGGCCAACGUUUUUCGACUGGACUAAUGGAUUGCUGUCUGUACAGGUUUGUAGCACUUGGAGCUCAACCAAAACAGAUAGAGGAAAGAGGAGUGCAACCGGCACCGGAUAUUUAGAGCAACCUACUCAGUUUGCUCUUGCGAGAAUUGGUAGUCAGUUUGUAAACACGGCACCAACAAUUCCCAGUUCUCGCCUUCAACUGUCGAUGAAAGAAGAUGAUCGUCUGUCUGUACGCUUGAUAUACACAGAUGAGGAAAACGAUAGAGUUAUUUUUCGUCUAACUAAUGAACGAGCUUCCUUAUUUGACGCAGUUUCAUUGUCUGACGACGGACUGUUGGAGGUAGUUCCCUGUGCUAACUGCUAUGGAUCUGCUGUGAUCCACUACACCAUUACAGAGACGGAUCUUCCAGAGGGCCAGCCGCUAUCAUCUACGGGCAGCGUUCGAAUAACAGUCGAGCCCCAGCAAGACGCACCUAUCCUCUACUAUAACACAAUGAUUGGAGAUAAAAUCCAAAUAGUAGAAGAAAAGGCUGUUGUCAAUUUGCUUGUGGACCAGGACAAAGUUGAGGACACAUCCGUGUCUCUACAAAUAGCAGUACUUGAUCCAGAUCGCGAUGACCAUCUAAAUGUGUUGAUAAAGUCACCAUCGGUUGGUGAUGUCGCUGUAAUCGAGACGGUGUCACUCGCAAAUUCGUCAUCUCCGUUUGAGUACAUAUUGAUAGACUCAACACAGACUCCUCCUCCUGUGUUUAAAGAGUUCUUGCUCAACUAUACUGUUUCUAAUGAUUAUCACGGAAUGGUCGAUGUUCAAGUGUUGGCUCAAGAUCAGAACGUUUCGUACAGUAACCUGCUGACUGUGAGAAUUUUCAUCCUUUCAAUGCCUUGCAGAAACAACGCUACCUGCAGGGGAAAUAUGUCUGAUCCACAUUGUCAAUCAUCGAGCAGGGCAUUUAGCUAUGAGGGAUACAUCUGUGUGUGUCAGGCAGGUUACACUGGAUUCUUCUGUGAGACUGACGUCGACGAAUGCGCUUCAGAUCCUUGUGGCGUGGGAUACGAGUGCGUAGAUUUCUUGGAUGGGUUUGCUUGUGUAAGCGAGAUUUCCACUGGUUCAAAAAGCUCAUUUGAUGCGGGUCAUAUCGUUGCCAUAUGUGUGACGUUGUUGGUCCUGCUGAUUGGUGUAAUCAUUGUGUGGCUGGUAUGGAGAAAAUGGCAUAGGGUAUCAACCUUUAAACGAAAAAGCGGUAUGUCUGAAAGUGGUGUCAUUCUUCAAAACGCUGAUGCUGUAAAGCGCGAAGACGUGCCUAUGACUCCACUUCCACCUCAUUGUACUGGGGAACCUGGUGAACGCCCGGAGCAACCUGAUAUCGUCGAGUUUGAUCAGGACAUUAAAGAGACACCGUUGCAGCUCAGUGACAACAAUGAAGUUGAAGAGGCUACGUAUGAAACACUGGACGAAGUAGAAGUCGAGGGCGCGAAGGAAGCCGUUGGAGGCAAGGCCGCUGAACCAGUUUACAACAGCGACGACGCUUAUUUGGACCCACGCGAGCAACGUGAUGAUGACUUUCUGAUAAAUCCUCUCUAUGGUGUGGUUACCGACAGCCAAUUUUGAGACAAAGGUGCACGUUGAUUAACAGGAUUUCUGUUUGCGUUUUCGCUGCAUAUUGAUAGUACGGGCUUACUGGAAUGGAUCGCAUCGCUGAGACUGCUAACUGUUAGAUGUUGUCUAGUGUUUGUCGGACUUGGUACUUGCUACGUAGAUGGUAUAGUGAGCAAAUUCAUUCUGUGUCGCAUGAGAGCAAACUAUUCAAGACGAUGUAUGACGCUGUGUCGAGAUGCAA